AUGAACAUGAAUCAUUCAAGCUUACGCUCCCUUUUGACUCGACAAGAUGCUGGAACAUCAAGCUCAAGCUCCAUUCCCGAAGACUUCAAUUUCUCUAUGCCUUCAUCCUUUGAGUCGUUCUCCAUACCUGCAUCAUCCAAUAGCCAACAAUGGGUCCCAAGCUUCAAUGUUGCUCAAGAAAUACAAGCUAUGGGAUGCCAGUUGAACGAGAUCCAGAGUACUUUGAAGGUGUUGGUUGAACGUGAGAGUGGUGCUCAGCAAGCAGGCGAGCUGCCAAUCGAUGAUCAUGCUACGUCAGUCUCACUCUUCACUCCUCUGCAAGCACCUAAGCGUGUUGUUCACCAUCCUCGUCAGUGCGAUAUUAAUCCUAAGAAAGGCACACGCAAGGCUCAAUUCAGCUGGCAAGUUAUGGAGUGGCUGGUGGAUGUAGUGGCUCGCACCCAAUUGGAGAUCACGCCCACUCCACAAGAAAUCCAGGAUGCCUGCAACAACGCCAAGGGUAAAUUGAUUCCAAGUGUGAUAGAUGACAUUUGUGCCACAUUCGAUAUCCCCAUUGGCAUGUCUUGGGGUCAGAUUCCAAAGAGAGCACAAUGGGCUGCCAUUUUUCUCAUGGAAGAGCGUGUGAGAUGCUUUAUUCCACUUGGCAGCUGUAUUGCUCACUGGGGAGCUAGCAUGAUGAUAGCCAAGUUCUGGUCCGCUACCAGCAGCAACGACGAUUUGACUACUACUGAUGAUGACGAUGAUGAUUCAACAAGUGAUGACGAUGAUGAUUCAACAAGUGAUGACGAUGGUGAUUCAACAAAUGACCAGGACCAAGAGGGCAACGUUGACCCAGCGGUACAUGAUGACGAUGGUGAGGGCGAGCAUGUCUCGGGUGCGACUUGUGACAAGAGGCCUACUCGUAAUAAUGACAAGCGACCACAAGCACCCAUACACCAGAAGCGUAGCAGCCCAAAGGUACCAGAGAUGCGAGCAUCACCUCGUAGCCGAUCUAAAGCAAGCCGAAGAAAAAAAGCCCAUCGCUCUUUUGAUCCUGACACUUCAAGACGCAAGAAGGCUACCAAUGGCCGUAAGAAGGCGACCAAGCGUAAAAGAGGCCAAUGA